AUGGCUGAUGGUCAUGAUGAUGAUGAAACGCCGGAAGUUAAGUUGGAGAAAGAAAAGUUGAGGAGGCAGCAAAAUAAUGCCAGAGAACGAGUUCGUGUACGUGACAUCAACGAGGCCUUCAAAGAGCUUGGGCGCAUGGUCACCCAGAGGUUACAGUCCGACAAACCUCAAACGAAACUUGCCAUCCUGCAACAAGCAGUUUUCCUCAUCACAACACUGGAGAACCAAGUUCGAGGUUUGCUACUGAGAUGCAUUCCACGUGGUUUUUGA